AUGUUCACCAAGUCUUUUGCUGCCGUGUCGGCCCUGUCGCUUUUUGCCUCAGCUGCGAAUGCUCUUGAUGCCAGCUUAAAGAACAAUGUUGCUGUAUACUGGGGUCAGGGUCCCAACCAAGACAGACUCAGCCAUUUCUGUGAACAGACCUCGAUGGAUAUCAUCAACAUCGGCUUCAUUAACGAGUUCCCCCGAUUCGUAGGCGAUAUUCCUGGUUCCAACUUUGGCAAUCAGUGUGAUGGCAACCUCUUUGAAGGAACCAACUUGCUCAAUGGCUGCCACCAGAUCUGGGAGGACAUCCCCAUAUGCAAGGCCGCCGGCAAGACAGUCCUGCUGUCCAUUGGUGGUGCCACUGCUACAGGCGAAUCCCUCCCUGAUGAUGCUACCGCAACUUGGUUUGCGGACUUUUUGUGGUACUCCUUCGGUCCUUACAAUCCUUUGAUUGCAUCAUUGUCUUGGACUGAAGAGCUCCUCGCCACUGCAUUCCCGCGCCCAUUCCUCGAUAUCUCCGUCGAUGGAUUCGACUUUGACGUUGAGCACAACGGUGGAGCUGGAUACGCUACCAUGAUCAACCGUCUGCGUUGGCACUUUGACCGGGUCCCUGAUCGCAGGUUCUACAUCUCCGGUGCCCCCCAGUGCCCCAUUCCCGACGCCCAGCUCGGCGAUGCCAUUGCCAACUCUGAAUUCGACUUCAUCUGGGUCCAAUGGUACAACAGCAACGGCUGCUCUGCUGCUGAUUGGGUCGAUGGGACAGGCGAAUUCAACUUUGACGAGUGGGUCGAUGUCAUUAAAGAUAGCGCCAACCCCGACGCGAAGCUUUUCAUCGGCCUUCCUGCAUCGGAGACUGCCGCCAACGCUGGCUUCUACCUGACCCCAGAGGAAGCCCAGCCCCUUAUCGAAACUUACAUUGAGAAGUAUCCCGACACCUUCGGUGGAGUUAUGCUUUGGGAGGCCACCGCUGGUGACAACAAUGUUGUCAAUGGCUUGACUUACACUGAGAACAUCAAGGAGAUUCUGUAUGAGUGUGCUCCUCCUCCUCCUCCCCCUUCUUCGACUGUGAUCCCCGUCUCAUCCUCGACUAUGAUGGUGACUCCUACCUCCACGCCUGUCUCAUCCUCGACUGUCAUGGUGACUCCUAGUCCCCCCGCCACGACGAUGACUACCACCUCGGCGGCAUCUUCCAGUUCGGUUGUGUCUUCUAGUUCUGUUGCUUCUUCCAGCUCCGCGGCAUCUUCCAGCUCGGCGGUUUCCACGACCUCAGUGGCAUCUCCAACCGUCUCCCCAACACACUCUAGUGCACUUACCACUCCUACUUCCUCGCCUUCUUCCACUGCCAUUGCUAGCACCACAACCGCGCACUCGUCUACCAUUGUUAUCUCUUCUGGAACCUCCGCGCCUGUCUCAUCCUCGACUGUCAUUGUGACUCCUAUUCCUCCCAGCUCGACAGUGACCACCACCUCAGCGGCGUCUUCCAGCUCGGUUGUGUCUUCCAGCUCGGCGGUUUCCACGACCUCAGCGGCAUCUUCUCCCGUGUCCCCAGCACACACUACUGUACCUAGCACCCCUACUUCCUCGCCUUCUUCCACUGGCCUUGCUAGCACCACAACCUCGCCCUCUGCUGUUGUUAUCUCUUCUGGAACCUCGUCUGCCAUUACCACCGGGUCGUCACCAUCCAGCAAGCCAGCUUCGUCUGCUUCCAUCGGCAGCACUGUUUCUAGCUCCGCUACUUCAUCGGCGACCACCAUUGCCGUCUCUGCGCACUCUUCCUCUGUCAUCUCAACAAGCAGCACUGUCGUAGCCCCUAUUGCUUCCCCCUCAGGAGUUGCUGGUUCUCACCCGACCACCACUGGUGGUCUCACCGGAAGACCUCCCGUCAGCUCACCUGCCGGUCAGGGCUCCCAGCCUGCCUCAGGCUCCACUCCCCUAGUCACUGGCCGCCCCGCUAGCACCGCUCCCGUCGCUUCAACCACUGAGUCUGGAGCGGAUUCCGCCAGCACCCAGCCCACUGGAGGACCCCAGACCAAUGGAGGCUCCCAGACUACCGAAGGUUCCCAGCCUAGCGGUACUGACUCGGUCACUGCUUCAUCCGAAAUCACCGCCGCUCCCUCCGUGACUGCCUCGCCUUCUUCCUUGGCCCCGGGAACCACCACAACUAUCAUUGUGACAUCGUACAUUGAUAUCUGUCCCACUGGUUUCACCACCAUUACCACCACCAUUACCAAGACCUACUGUCCUGGUAACGCUGCCACUGCCACCGCCACUGGCGGAGCUGAGAUCACCGCUCCUGCCUCUGGCCCUGCCACUCCCACUGAUAUUCCCGAGGGCUGGACCACUACUGUGACUGUCUGCACCCAGUGCGCUGCUACCCCCACUACCGUGACACUCACCAAGCCCAUUGUCACGGCUACCACCGAGGUCGUCUCGCAGCCCACCGCUCCAGCCGCUGGCUCCGGGUCCAACACUGGAUCUGGCGAGGGUGAGGGUGAGGGUUCCAACCCCGGCUCCGGCUCUCCUGGCCAGGGUGAAGCUCCUGGUGCCACAGUUACCGGAGUCCCUGUGGUGCACAUUCCUGGCCCUAAGCCUGGGCACGGCCAUGGAGGCCACUUCCACCCCGGUAGACCGUCUUCAAGUCUGAUCCACCGACCUUCGCCUUCGCAGACCGUCGCCGGCACCCUCCCGGCCACUGCUACCAAUGAUGCCGGUGCACCUACCAACACUCCGGAGGGCGUGUCUCCGGUCUACACUGGCGCCGCCUCCCGGGCCGGUGUUACUGGGUUCUUUGGUGGCGCGCUCGCCGUCGCUCUCUCCAUGUUCAUGAUGUUGUGA